AUGUUCAAUAUUGGUAAACGAGCUUUUGUCGGAUUUGCCGCGAUUGGCGCCGGAUACGCCUCUUUUGUGAGGGCCUGGCCAGAUGAUUCGAAGAUACUGUUCAAGGCAUAUACACCAGACCCUCUGUCAGUCAAACAAAUACAGAACAAUAAGCUGUUCCAACAAUAUCAAAAAGAUACGCCUGCAAAAUACAAAUUCUACAAUUUGUCCGGAGUGAUACCCAAGGCCCACCACGGAGACCAUGUGGGUACAGGAUUGCUGUAUGACUCCCAACACCUCGAAAUAGAUCCGGCCGUGUUUGUUGACAGGAAGAGCGGGGACCUCACCGCAUUUUACCAUCUUGGAGAGAAGUUAGUUGGAAGCGAUGGGAAGAUCCAUAAUGGGUUGAUAUCCACUCUGAUGGAUGAAGCAUUGUGCUUCUGUGGGUUCCCACUGCUUCCUAGCAAGAGAGGAGUCACAGCCAAACUGAGUGUCGACUUUGUGAACAAGGCUCCCCCAAAUUCGACGGUGAUAUUAAAGGCGCAUGUGUUUAGUGUGAAGGGAAGAAAAUGCGUUAUUCAUGGAACAGUGGAGACUGUUCCCGUCGGCAAAGAGCCGGCUAUUUUGGUAUCCAAGGCUGAGUGCAUUUUGGUGGAGCCCAAGUGGUUCAAGUUUUUAAGUUGGGUUCCGGCUUUUGAUACAUAA